CUGAGUGCAGAGGUGUUAUAUUUUAUACAGAAACGUAUGAAAUGGGGUCAUUAAAGGAUCAGGAGAAGUUAGACCAAAGACCUGAUAUGAAAGAAGCAAAAGGAUCAUGCGAGCACAGAGCUUCGACGUCCAAGGGGGAACGAUCUGUUUCGAUGCCGGACAUGAACUUUGGACGAAAGUCAGUCUCCGAGACAGAAAUGCCAGGACUUGGAAGUCUUUCUCAACCUUGCACGAAAACACCAGCCGAGUAUACACCGACUAAGAAACCUGCGCCCUUUAAAAUGCGUUGGAUCAACGGCUUCAACCACAAGGUAGGCGUCAUCAACCUGAAUGACAAGGGCAACACUAUAAUGUUCUACGCCGCCUCCAAUUGCGGGGUGCUCUACAAUUGGACAACUCACAAGAUGUGGCUCUUGCAAGGACACAGACAUUUGAUCACGUGUAUCACAGCAGACGCGAAUGGCAAGUGGCUAGUGACCGCGGACGCCGGGCCAGAAAACGUCCUUAUUAUUUGGGACAGUAGCGACCUAUUCCCUCAAAGAACCAUCUUCGCACCGCAUGGUACCACUAGGAUUGCCAAAGUGGCCAUGAGUAACGACGCUAAGUAUCUGAUAACUUUGGCGUAUCCGUCUGAGAAGGUCACAGUUCACUGGUGGAUAUGGUCUUUCGGACACACAGCACCAGAUGCGGUUACAGAAAUAGAUGAUUUGUUGCGAGAUGCCGUCAUACAAAUGGGUUUUAAUCCUAUCAGAACGCAGCGAUUUCUACUCUUAACGAGAACUUGCUUUUUUCUUUGUUGUGCAAAGAAAAUUAAAGUCCUAGAGAGAGGGGUCAUUAAGGAAACAGACAACUACGAAAUAAAAAUAAGGAGACCUGACCGUAAUGAGCACGCUGACUGCGGGAAGCUCAUGUGCUUCACGUUCUCGAGUAACACGGCGCAGAUCCUGGUGUCCACGAGCCGAGGCCUGGUCAUCGUGUACGGGUACACCAUCGAGUACCAAAAGCACUUCUCCCCUUUGGAUAUCGACCGCUUAAGGUUCAUUAAAGUUGUGCGGUUGGAGAGGAGGAUGAUAAAUAUUAUUAAAUACGUUGACGGUCUGUUGGUGACGGGCAACAGUAUCGGCGAGAUCCGCUUCUACGACGACCAGCUGAAACUGUUGUACUGGAUGGAUAGCCUCAACGUGGACAAGGUCAAGAGUCUCAGCUUCAACAUAUCUCCCCGGAGCACCAUGAUACUCGACCCUAAGUGCAAUAAGCCAUGUCCAUGCUGGGAGAAAGUUAAGGUAGAGAAGGAUCCAAAGACAGGGGAAAUGAAGCAGAAGCUUAUCAAGAUGCGCCUGCCUUCCGACGCCACCACCAGCGGCAAGCCAUUCCUCGUCAGGGACUUCAUUGUCACGACGUGGAACCAGGGAGUGGGCUUUGUGGACUUCGUGACGGAGAAGUACACCAACGUGCUGGACAGCAAGAUAUCUCCCAUACUCAGCAUGAGCGUGCACCCCGAGAAGCCGUUCGCAGUGCUCGGCUACACGGAUGGCAUGGUGGAGCUCAUCGACUUCAUCAAGCACAGCCUGAUCACCAGGCUGGACCUGAGGAGCCGGUACGCGGUGGUGGUGCCGCCCGACGAUGACUCUAUCAACUGUAACUACGAAGUCACUGUGCCUGAAUUAUCUGUCACUUACCUUAAAUAUUCGCCAUCAGGUUUGCACCUUGCCUGUGGGCUGAACACAGGCCAGUUGUUAUUUUUAGACCCUUCAACCAUUGAAAUCCUGACACCGAAACCAUUCGGCGACACCAACGAUGCCAUUAAACAUAUAAGUUUUAGUCCGGAUUCGCUUUUAAUAGCCACGGCCAAUGCCGGCAGGUCGGUCUGCGUUUACAAAUAUCUAUGCACUGAUUUCCGGUGGGUAUUCGUUGGAAAACAUCGAGCACAUUAUAAGGAAAUCACAUCUCUGAUUUUCCUGCCUGCUAAGAACCCCAAUGGAGACUUCAAGCUUGUGUCCACUGGGUUAGAUCGGUGCUUGGUAGAAUAUGACGUGGCAGCCAGUUUCGACGAGCAUUUGGAAAUCUUGAGUCUUGACCGAGUCGAGCAGAGUGCACUACCACUGUCAGCUAUUGUGUGGCCUGCCCCUAGUUACUUGGAUCCCGAAGAAUUUAGAACCGAUUUGCCAAUGAUACUGAUAGCUAAUGAUGAGUUUAAGUACAAGAUAGUGAACUACGAGACUACUAUGACACUGGCUACUGUUUUGGGACCCCGAUUCGAAUUCCCUGUCAGUAAAGUACAAUUGAUCACUAGGAAGGACAGCAAGGAUAUAGACCCAGAAAACUCGCAAUAUUUACUCUUCUCCGCGAAAGACAUUAUAGGUCUACAGAAGAUGCCACUCGACGGUAAUCCCUGGAAACACGUUGGCAUGCUAGGACAUCCUGUUAGGAUUCAGAAAAUGUGUUUCCGUGAAGACCUUGGGAUGCUGUUUACUAUUGGCGUCAGGGACACUACCAUGACUCAAUGGGUUGCUAACUACAGAGCCGUGGAAGUUGCCGCAGCACGUGGCGGGGUAGAGCUGGAUCCAUAUUAUUGUCUCAUAGACAGCGGUCGCCCUGGUUGGCUGUUUCAAGAGAUCAGAGAUCUGUUCUACUACAUCCAGAUAUUAUGCCAGGGCACCUUCUCCCCAGCAAGGAGGCGUGUCAAAGAUUAUAUACCGAUAGACUCGUUACCCGAUUUAAUGAGGGCAUUGGGAUUCUUUCCCUCGGAAUAUGAGGUGGAAAACUUGAUAGUUGAAGCUAAGUAUAAAGUGUUUAACCGAGCGCCUGUCUCGGAAAUCGAGUUCGAGGAGUUUGUGAAGCUGUACCUGAACCACCGGCCGGCGUUCGGCGAGCAUUACAAGCGCCUCAGACUCGCCUUCCGGAACUUCGCCAACAUCAGUAACGAGGGCUACGUCAUGAGCCGAGAGGAUCUCAUCGACAUCCUUACUUCUCAAGGUGAACGUUUUUCUCGUGAGUUGUGCUGGUAUCUACUGUCAGUACUGUGCGGCCACAGUUUUGAGGAUAGGGCCGUUUUGAACGAGAAUGACUUUUCUUUCCUACCAGAGUACAUAACAUUCAGCGAUUUCACGACGGAAAUAAUCGGCAUCCAAGAAAUGGACAACAUCUCCGACACGUACUCCGGCGUGGAGUCGUGGGCCUCCAUGCACACCUUCAGCUCAGUCGAUUCAGAUGACAAAAUCCUUUAAAUUCAUAAAUUAUGUAUGUUUAUUAUUACCUUAUUAUAAUAUAUUACAUUAAAAUAACAUUUAAAACAA